GACGUUAGUUACGAUUUGCUCUCCCGCCCGCAUCUGCUUCGCGUCGCUCUCGACUUUCGUCUCUCGAUGAACGCGUAAUUCGCGAUUCCAAUCUGAACGUCGAAGUUUCGUUUCACGGUGCAAGAUCUUCGUUCGAAAGGAUAAGGGGGAAAGUCCCUCGACACGAAGCUACGACCUGGGCAAAUGAGAAUGCAGACGGCUUCAAUCUAGUCGAUCAUUGGAUUAGUCAAAGGAUUCGAAUCGACCAAAUCGACUCAACAACGGAAUAACGGUUUCAUUGAUCACGAACGAUCGCGAUUCUUUCAUGAGAGGAAUAAGAAACGUGUGCUCGCAUUUGAUCGAUUCGUCCCGGAACAGCUUAGUUAUGUUCUCGAUCGAGUACAGCAAGCAAUUCUUGAGCUACCGUAUACUCAAGUCGAACCGGUUCAAGUACAUCUGACGAUACGGACUCGGACUAUCGAGUGUGAUAAAAGUGUGCGCGCUAAGACGAGAGUGUGUAUGCGAAGCGUACCGUACCGUAUUCGACUCGUACGUACAUCGAGUUCGCGUCCUCGGGGAGAAACCUGGAGAAACCGCGGAGAAACGAGACGGCAAGACCUGGAAAGUCUUGUUCGCGGUUCGCGGUUCGCCGAUGCUGGUUAAGCCCUUUCCCUCCUACACCACCUUGCGAGGAAACUACGCUCCUUCCCGCCUUACAAAUUUUUACCUUUCGCCCUCCGAUUAUAAACGAGGCCUAAAUUGCGCCAAUUUCGAAAAAGAGAAAAUCUCUUACUUCUAAGAAGGAAAUUUGCACGUUUCUCGGUCGAUUAAGGAACGAAUUAAUUCGGAUAAAAAUUAAAAAUGAUCGUUUACGUACCGGGUAGAAUGCCAAGCCACGUUGGUCCCUACGGCGGCGCUCGUUAUCCGGGCACCCUGCUAGGAGCAGUGCCGGGUUUUUACAGCCCGGUUUCCGGUUAUCCGAGCAGCGCGAUUUCCAGCUACUACGGAAACCUCGGCUCGCCCCGGCACAAGUCAUCCGCGGUGGAUCUUCCGGUUUGGCCGCAAAGGAUGCCGAUCGAGGAGGAACUCGGAACAUCCCCGUCGGCCGCGUUGCCGGUCCUCGCCGUGUCUCCGACCGGCGCCCACGCUCCGCCGAGUCCCGCACACAGUGACUCCGACGCUUCCAGCUCCAGUUUGGAACUCGGGACCAUCCGACGCGGCGAGAACGCUCAGCUCAAGUGCAGAUGGCAAAAUUGUGGUCGCUGGUUUACGUCUUUGGAACAACUAGCGGGACAUGUCGCACGGCUUCACGCCGCCCCGGGACCGCGAGGACUCUUUUAUUGCGGAUGGGAAGGAUGUGCCAGAGGUGAACGCGGAUUCAAUGCUAGGUACAAGAUGCUGGUCCACGUUCGAACGCAUACGAAUGAGAAGCCGCACCAUUGUUUCCAGUGCGACAAGAGUUUCAGCAGAGCGGAAAACCUGAAGAUCCACGCCCGAUCGCACACCGGCGAGCGACCGUACGUUUGCCCGGUCGAAGGUUGCAAUAAAGCCUAUUCGAACUCGUCGGAUAGAUUCAAGCAUACGAGGACCCAUGCCGUGGAUAAACCGUACUGUUGCAAAGUCCCCGGUUGUCCGAAAAGGUACACCGACCCAUCCUCCUUGCGGAAACACGUGAAGACGUAUAGGCAUUACGUGAACAAUAAUGACAAGGUGCAGGAGAAAAGUUUCGAUCGACUCGAGAACGACUCGCGAGAGAAAGCACGGUUGGACGGGAGUGCGAUCUCGCCGGAGAAGCAAAGUAGUAGCAGCGGUAGCGCGCGUUCCGAAUCGUCCGAUAAGAAGGACAGCAGCGUCGAGAGCAACGUGUCAGCCUCGAGUCCGAAGGUUAACAACAGCAGUAGCAACAGCAGCAGUUUUGAGGAACAGAGAAACUUCGUCGAGUGGAACAACAUGUACAACCUUCGUGAGCAACCGGCGGGCAAGGAAUUGGAGCAAAUUACGCCAAGGAAAACGUACGAGCAAGAUGUAAGCGUCUAUCCGAGGAUGUACGACGACGACGGUUAUAUCGUACCUGAGAGAAUUCAAUUGAACCCCAUGUACGUUUCUGGUAAUACUAUUAUUAAGGAGGGUCCGAUGAUCACCGCACGGUCGCCUCGGACUAGCCCGAACCCGAAUCACCACGUUUCCGACGCCGUCGCGUUGCCACCUCGCAUCGGGAUGCAGUCGACGCCCAUUAAGACCGAACAGCAGCAACGGCAAGAAUUGCUUGCUCUCGACUGCCCGAGCAAAGUGACCACGGUCGACUAUAGGAACAUCGAAUCGAUUGUAAACGGCGCACCCUGUAAAAAGAAAGAAAACGCCGUGGGCGAUCUGACUGUUAGAAAUUCUGUGAUAAAGCGAGCUGAGGAUCUGAAGAUGGAAGUCGACCAAACGACGCCGACGAAACAGGUAUGCGAGCAGACCACCGAGUGCUGUUGUCGCCACAAGUGUUGUGUCCACAGCACCGACGACAUUUUUCAGAAAACCAAGAUCCUCUCGGAUCUGAUCCUGAAAUCGCAGAAUCCGUUGUUCAGACACCUGCUGGGGACGGUGGACCUUCGAUACGGAUUGGAUAACGCAUGGGGCAACAUCACGGACGCGAACGAUACUUGCGGACAAGUUCUCCGGGUUAAGAACGAGAACGUAGUCGAGAUGGAACAAGAUCUUCCGUUAGAUUUAACGAUCAACAACAAGUAGACUAUAGAAAUUUUUACUUCGCGUCAGUCGCAGCUUCUUUUCGAUAUACGUUUCGCGUUUUCCUCAGGGUUUCGUCGGGGAGUGGAAAAGAGAGUUGCCUCUAAUAACCGACCGUAGCCGGACCGUAUUUGAACGCGUUCGAGACCGUCCUUCGUCGUCGAGCAAGUGCCUUCAUUCAAAUAAAUAGUAAGGUCCAUCGACCUUUUUCGCUGACCCGAGACGAUCUCGAACGCCGACGUUCUCUCGUCGUAUCUCUGUUGCUUAGGCCACGGUCGGUUUCGCAGUCUAACAAUAAUAGAAGUUUUACGUUGCGCCAUUUUUCCUUUUUCGAUCGGUUAAAUUCAUUUAAAACAUGCGAAGAAAGUUUACGUGGGACGGUAUUUUGUUUGAUUUAAAGGUCGGGUCAACAAAACGUACAAAAGCAAUGAGAGAAUGUAACACGCGAUUAUCAGAAAACAAGUUGAGAUCGAAUACGUCGAGUACAUCAUGUCGCCGACCAUGAUUGUAACAUGUCGUAGCGGAAACUGUUUGACGUCAAACAAGACUCACUGGAACGCGAUAAUUCGUUAAACAGUGAAGAUCCUUCCCCGUCUCUUUUCUUUGAUCCAAUAAAUUCUUAUUUGUGCCCAUGUGCACGUACGAUUAACCAAAAAAAUAAUCUAACUCGAGCGCGUGGAGUGUAAGUAGAAAAAAUGGCACAUUACAUCGUAAACACAGUCACGAUACCUCUGUAACAUAAUGCGUUUGGAAGGAACUACCCGGUAUGUCGUGUUAAACAUCUAUGUAUAAUAUGUAUAUAAAGAUAUAUUAUGUAUAAGGUAAUUGAAAAACUAAAGACGUAUGGAGGGAGCGGUACGUAGGUUUUUGCAGUGAGAACGGUGUGUUUAUCGACAUUGAGCUAUUCAAUAAUAAAACG